AGGGCACUUCAUUCUUCUUCCAUAUCACUUCCUCAAGUCCACCAAACUCCAAAGUGAAAUUGCUCUCUGUUUCCGUGGAAACCGCACCAAAAUCCGAGACCUCGAAAGAAACUGGCACCUUUGCUUUGUUGUAUCUUUCGUAAUUUACUCUUUCUUUGGAGUAAAUCGAUAUGAUUGGCGAGGGGAACAGAGGAGAAGAAGGGAUAGUGAAAAUGGAAGAGGAUGUUAAAGAGAACAAGAUUGUGUUUAUGUGGGGGUAUCUUCCCGGAGCUUUGCCGCAGAGGACACCGUUGCUGUGUCCGGUGGUGGUUCGACUUCCGGGAAAGGAUGGCACUGACGGUCAAGUUUGGAGGGAUGUCUGUGGUGGAGGUUGUGGGUUCGCCAUGGCCAUUUCUGCAUCUGGAAAACUCAUUACAUGGGGCUCUACAGAUGAUCUUGGUCAAAGCUAUGUGACAUCUGGGAAGCAUGGGGAAACUCCGGAGCCUUUUCCUCUUCCAACAGAAGUUUCUAUAGUAAAAGCAGCAGCUGGUUGGGCCCAUUGUGUUGCAAUUACAGAUAGAGGAGAGGUCUACACAUGGGGAUGGAAAGAAUGUGUUCCCUCUGGAAAGAUCUUGGGUGAUCUGUCUGUUGGGGCUGGCUAUGAAAAGGAUGUAUUAGAAAGGCAGUCCUCUUCCAUGAUAGAUCAAGCAAGUCCUCGUUUACAAGCUGGACGAUCUACUGUUGGUGUUGUUUCCAAUAUUGAAGCUAGAGGUGGUGGAGCAGAAAGUACAAAGAGGAGACGGGUUUCAUCGGCAAAGCUUGCAGCUGAGAGCUCGUCGUCAAGUGAGGACACUCUCUCUGCACUUCCCUGUCUUGUCACUCUUAAUCCUGGGGUGAGAAUAAUCUCUGUAUCAGCUGGAGGGCGUCAUACACUAGCAUUGUCAGUUUCAGAUAUGGGACAGGUCUGGGGUUGGGGCUAUGGUGGAGAAGGACAGCUAGGUUUGGGUUCCCGCAUACGUAUGGUUUCCUCUCCACAUCCUAUACCUUGCAUCGAGUCGCCUUCUUUUGGAAAAGAUAGAACCAUGGCUCUUGCUCGAGGAAGUGCAAGUUUAGAGGGUCAUGGUAGUAGAAUUCCAGGAAGCUAUGUGAAGGGAAUUGCUUGUGGAGGACGUCAUAGUGCAGCAGUUACAGAUGCUGGAGCGCUGCUAACAUUCGGUUGGGGACUGUAUGGACAGUGUGGGCAAGGGUGUACAGAUGAUGAGUUAAGUCCAACAUGUGUAUCCUCGUUACUCGGUAUCCGGAUCGAGAGUGUUGCUGCUGGACUGUGGCACACAGUCUGUAUAUCUGCUGAUGGUGAUGUAUACUCAUUUGGAGGAAAUCAGUUUGGGCAGUUAGGAACAGGUGCUGAUCAAGCUGAGACACUUCCAAGACUUCUAGAUGCAGCAAGUGUGGAAAAUGUAAAUGCAAAGGUUGUAUCGUGUGGGGCUCGUCAUAGUGCUAUAGUAACAGACGAUGGGAAAGUGUUCUGCUGGGGUUGGAACAAGUAUGGCCAGCUGGGUUUGGGUGAUGUAAUCGACCGCAAUAUCCCUGUUGAAGUCCCGAUCGAAAAUUGCACUCCUACGAACAUUGCAUGUGGAUGGUGGCACACCCUGCUUCUGGCCGAAUCACCCACCUGAAUUCCGACCCUCUUUCCGACAUUCGACAAAGUUUUGUUAGUUAGCUGCCCCUCCUUUCAAAAUGUUAGAUUCAAUUGUAAAUGCAUAGACAAUAGCUUUCAUCCAUGUGCAUGUACAUUUAUGUAUGUACUCAUUCUUUAAUGGUCAGAGGCUAUUAGGAAGAAAUCCUAUAAAGUAGUAAUGGGGACAGUAGAUAGCAGUUCCUGAUUGAGGUAGAUUAUAUUUAUACCACAUCUUAUAAGUUAGAACACUUUCUCUUAUAUUCAAGUGUUUUAGGCUUAUAAAUGGUGAUUUGAAGAAUCUUGAUGUAAUAUCAUAACUAUCACUAUAAAGUUUUCUUUUGGUGAUAAUAUGUUAGACAGAGUUUGUUGGUUUUGGAGGAAAA